AUGGAUUAUAACAAAAGAUCAUCUGUUUCGACAGUGCCGAACUCAGCACCCUUGAAAGUUGGAUUUAUAGGAUUAUCUCACCAGAAAGGAUGGGCCGUAAAGACUCACUAUCCUGCAAUUUUACAAUUAUCAUCACAAUAUCAAAUUACUGCCCUGUAUAAUCCUCAAUUAGAAGUAGCAUUAGAGACUAUUAAAGAACUUAAAUUGGCUAAUGCAACUGCAUUUCCAACUUUAGAAUCAUUUGCCUCUACAGCUAUAGUUGAUAUGAUUGUGAUAUCCAUUCAAACGUCAUAUCAUUAUUCUGUUAUCUUACCAUUAUUAGAAUACUCAAAGAGUAACCCAAAUUUAAAAUAUUUGUUUUUAGAAUGGGCUAUGGCUUGUAACCUUGAUCAAGCCGAACAAAUAUAUAAAGCAGCCGCGGCUCGUGGAUUACAAACUAUAGUUUCAUUACAAGGACGUAAAUCACCUUAUAUUUUACGUGCUAAAGAAUUAAUCUCACAGGGACAUAUUGGUGAAAUAAAUUCAAUUGAAUUGACAGGAAAUGGUGGUUGGUACGGUUAUGAUAGACCCAUGAAAUCACCAAAUUAUAUUUAUGAAAUGGGGAAUGGGAAUGAUUUAGUGACAAAUACAUUUGGUCAUACAAUAGAUAUUUUACAAUAUAUGACAGGAUCUUAUUUUAGUAAAAUUAAUAGUAUGGUAUUUAAUAAUAUCCCAGAACAAGAUAUUAUUGAUGAUCAUGGUCAAAAGACUGGACAGAAAGUGAAAAAAAGUGUACCCGAUCAUUUAUUAUUUCAAGGUACACUAAUGAGAGGUAAUGUACCUGUAUCUUGUAGCAUUAAAGGUGGUAAACCGACAAAAAAAUUUACUAAAAAUUUAGUUAUUGAUAUUCAUGGAACAAAAGGUGAUGUUAAAUUAGAAGGUGAUGCAGGUUUUGCAGAAAUUUCAAAUCUUGUGUUGUAUUAUAGUGGUAUCAGAGCCAACGAUGUACCGGUUCCUAAUAAUAAUAAAUACCCGACGGAACCAAAAAAUGAUAUGAAUAUGUAUGAUGCAGGAAAGGAAAUUAUGGAAGUUUAUCAUUUAACAAACUAUAAUGCUGUAUUAGGUAACAUCUUUCGACUUUAUGAAAGUAUAGCCGAUUUCCAUUAUAACACAAAAAAGAUUCCAAGUUUACCUUCUCAAUUCUUAUUACAAGGUUUUGAAUUCGAAGGUUUCCCAACUUUUAUGGACGCAUUAAUAAUACACAGAUUAGUUGACAGUGUAUAUCAAAGUCAUCUGUUAGGUUCAACACUGGACGUAACAAAUAUAUCACAAUUACCAAAUUUUAAUUCAUAG